CGUUAGAAACCCCAGUGCUCAGCUGCACCCCGUUUCAGUUUCAGCCUUCAGGUCUAGUUCGAUAAAUUAGAGUCAAUCAGCAACAGGAAGAUGGGAUGGGAUCCUUUGGAAGUUAAAGGAGGCAGGGGAAAAUGGAACGCAAAAAAGUUAUGGCUUAGGUUAGGGAUUUCUUUGGGCUGUGUUUUUUUAGGGAGCACGAUUAUUUUUUUUAAAAAAAUCUGAGUUUCUCACCCGGAGCGGUUCACAAGACUUGGAGGGUCAACGAGUUCCGUAAAAACCCCGGCCAGAUCGUUCGGGUUGUACUGAACUAAUUGCAUGGCCGGUCCAAAGUGUAACUCAAACCGGUUACUCCACCGGGUUCCGGGUUGACCCUGCCAUACCAGGCCGGGUUUGACAACAAUGCUUAUGACUCAUCUUUGUUUACUUAGUUCUCUGGCGUCUGGUAAGAAAUUUAAACUCACAUUUGUAGUCGGAGACUUCCUUGCAGUGAUUUUACCAUCUUAACUAGUCAUUUUAACAGAUUAAGUUCAGAUGAAAUUAAAACACCAAAAAUUUAUUGCUUCUUGAUAUUUCGAAAGUUAUCUUUUUUUAUCCGAUUUUCCGGCAAGGUUUGAAAGAGUAUAAUUUUUCUAUGCAGUUUACACAGUUCCUUAUUCACAACAUAGUCAAAUUUAUUAAUCUCAAUCCCUUAGGCCCUACACGAUUACCCACGUUAACAUAUCUAAAACCAAAUAAAAGAAUCACUUAAUCAAAUAAGUUUAAAUAUAUUGUGAUUUAGCCCAUUUUUAUGGAAAGAGAAAACUACACUUGAUUUAACCCUAGCAUAAUUAUAAAAUUCUAACACUUAGCCCUGAACUCGUCCUUGUGGGUACAUAAUUGUGUGUUUUACAACCAUACAAAUUUAAAACGUAGAUAUAUGUAUAUAAUAUAUAUAUUUCAUAUGGUGAGAAGAGAGAGAGAGAGAAGCAUCAUAAUUGAUCAAUAGCAGCAGUUGCCAUGACACUGGAGGACAAGAGCAACCACAAUAAUCUCAUAAGAACAGAGCAACUUGUUGAAGAGGAAUCUCCAUUGCUACCAAGGAAGAGAGAUGAGAAGAUUCAGGGGUCCAACGGUAGCGGGGCUUCCAUUACUGGGUCAGUCUUCAAUUUGUCAACUACCAUCAUUGGUGCUGGGAUCAUGGCCUUACCUGCAGCCAUGAAAGUUCUGGGUCUGGCUUUGGGUAUUGUUGCAAUCAUCUUCCUUGCCUUGCUCACAGAGACCUCUUUGGAGAUGCUCAUGAGGUUUAGCAGAGUUGGUAAAGCUGGGACUUAUGGGGAGGUGAUGGGGUAUUCUUUUGGUAGUUUUGGAAGAUUGGUGUUUCAGAUAUCUGUUCUUAUCAACAACUUUGGGAUACUUGUUGUCUACAUGAUCAUAAUUGGUGAUGUGCUGUCUGGAACAUCUUCGAGUGGAAUUCAUCAUUUUGGUGUACUCGAAGGAUGGUUUGGUGAAUACUGGUGGACUGGGCGUACUUUUGUUCUUCUUGUGGCAACCCUUUUGGUAUUUGCUCCAUUGGGGUUUUUUAAGAGGAUAGAUUCAUUGAGAUAUACUUCUGCUCUAGCAGUGGCUCUGGCAAUUGUGUUUCUAGUCAUAACUGCAGGAAUCACAUUUAUUAAAUUGUUUAAUGGCAGUAUAGCGAGUCCCAGGUUGCUUCCAAAUAUUCUAGAUAUUACAUCUAUAUGGAAUCUUUUUACAGCAGUUCCAGUUCUUGUGACUGCAUUUGUUUGUCAUUACAAUGUGCAUACAAUAGACAAUGAGCUAGGAGACUCUUCCCUGAUACAAUCAGUUGCACGUGCAUCACUGGUUCUGUGUUCUACUAUAUAUAUUCUUACAGCCGUAUUUGGAUUUCUCCUAUUUGGUGAGUCAACUCUGGAUGAUGUUUUGGCCAACUUUGAUACUGAUCUGGGCAUCCCUUAUAGCAGUCUGCUGAAUGACGUUGUUCGGAUUAGCUAUGCCCUCCAUCUCAUGCUUGUUUUCCCAGUUAUCUUCUUCUCGCUACGCUUCAAUUUGGAUGAUCUUAUCUUUCCUUCAGCUAGGUCACUGGAAUUAGAAAAGUGUAGGUUUGUCUUGAUCACCACUGGACUCAUUUCUUUACUCUAUGUGGCUGCAAAUUUUAUACCUAGCAUCUGGUAUGCUUUUCAAUUCACUGGAGCAACUGCCACUGUUUGCCUUGGGUUUGUUUUCCCUGCAGCAAUUGCUCUGAGGGAUCCCCACGGUAUUGCAACAAAGAAGGACAAGAUUUUAUCCAUUGUCAUGAUUUUUCUUGCUGUGUUCUCAAACGUUGUGGCUAUAUACAGUAACGCAGAUGCCUUGUUCAGGAAACAUGUUGAUCCUCACCAAUGAGUUACUUGGGUGCGUAUACUAUCAUUGUCAGAGAAAAGGUCUCUUUUAAGUCAAUGAAAAACUAAGCCUUAGAGAGAGUUUUCCCAAGGCUCACACUUCAAAGAGUUUGGGAAGGAAAAUUGUAAGUUCAAGUUAAAGACUAUCUGAAAUAUAGACAUUAAUAUUGCACACACAUGUAAUGCUAAUGUUUCUCAAAGCACUUAUCAAGCGGUGCCUAAUCGUGCUAGUUUUUAGAAAACUCUAAUCCUGUGCCCAUCUAGUCUGGAUCCGGAUCCUCUCAUGUGAAAAUUCACAUGACCAUGUCAUGUGGAAAAUCAUAACCAUACAAAGGUGGAUCAAUGGUAAUAAAAGAGGAGAGAAAAAAAUGUUAAAAUAAGUAGUUACGAAAUCAUAACUGUUGAUUUAUCUUUGUAUGGUUGUGAUCUUCCCACAUGAUUAUAUCAUGUUUUUUUUACACAUGAGAGGAUCCAUUUACAUCUAGUUUACUUGAUUCGACAAUUUUGUUGUUGUUGUCCC